AUGGUCCGUCACAUCGAGGGUGACGAGAUGCAAGUCACCUUCGCCCUGUCAAAAUUGACAGGACGAGCAAAGACUUGGGCCAUAGGGUCCAAGUUUCACGACCCAAACUUGUUUGAGUCGUUGGAGAUCUUGAAGUCUCGGCUCAAAGAGCCGUUUGAGCCGCCGAGAGCCGAGUUCAGAGCACGCUCUGCACUCUUGAGGCUAAAGCAAGGUAAGCGUGACGUGCACGCUUAUGCACAGCACCUGCGCUACCUUGCACGUAGCGUUACGGAAAACCUUGUUGAUGAACACACGCUCAUCAACGUGUUCAUCUACGGCCUUGUGGAUGGGCCGGCGAAGACCUACAUGUUCCGAGAGGGCUUCCAUACGCUUGAAAGGCGAUAG